UAACGUAAUCCGCCGUCGUGUCGGGAUCGGAAUGUAAGAGUGUAACAAUCGGAACAACUGAGCAAAUGGUGAUUAGGAAGGAAAACCGGGCUGAGCAACUUCCUGACGAUCCUCCAGCGAGACGAGACGCACAAAGUGUCCUGGCUGUUUAUCAUCAUCAUCAUCAUCAUCAUCUCUCUGCCUCUGUCCUGCGGUCCACAUCAAAGGAUUCACUUAUUGCGCGUGACGAUCGGACGCACGCGAGGAAACGAACAAGAGUAGAAUGCAGGGAUUCGUGAGAUUAGGAUGAAGUGACCUCCACCUUUUAGAGUCGGGGAAGGAAUUAACGGAUGUGUGAGGAAAGCUGGAGUAACACAGAAACAGAUUAAUCCUCUGUCGAUGUGUUAGUGCACUUAACAUCACCAUCAUCAUCAUCAUCCUCGGUCUCUUUAAUCCACUGGGAUUAAAAGUAACCCUGCGACGCGCCGAAUGGAAGUUCAGAGAUAACCAGAAACAAAGUGAGAUUUUAAUGGGAAGUAAAUCGGUGAGUCCGGGUUUGUUUUACGGCACAGAGAGAUAUGGGGCGCUUUAAAAUGCUCCAACUAGACAGUCGCGGGAGAGAGAGAGGGAAUAACCGGUAAAGUCGCCCACAUGCGCUGGAACAGCGGCUCGGCACGGGAUCGGUAUCCGAAGCAGAGGGAAGCUCAGGCGGCUCGGGAAUCCUGGCAGGCUGGAAGAUGGCGGAGCGGCGUGACAGUAGCCGUAGGCGGUGAGAGCCAAACUUCGAGAUUUGUUCGCAGACGUUCGCAGGGCCCGGCUCUUAGGACCCAUGCAGGCCAAAAAGCGCUACCUGGUUUCGCUGCUUACCGGCGCCUUCCUGCUCCUGCUCUUUUACUUCGGGGGCGUCCCGGUGUCCACGGGCGUAAAGAGCCGGCAUGAGCGAAGCCGCCACGGCCACCGGCGCACCGAGCAGCCGUGGCCACACUUCUCCGACCCCUUAAACUCCUUCAGUCCGUGGGACCAAACCGACACGGAGGAGAACAAUAUCCACACGUCUCCCAGGCAAAAGCGAGACGUACACGCCAGCGUGUAUAAGGGCAAGCGCUGCCGCAUGGACUCGUGCUUCGACUUCUCGUUAUGUCGCCCGAACGGCUUCAAGGUGUACGUGUACCCGCAGCAGAAAGGCGAGAAGAUUUCCGAGAGCUACCAGAACAUUUUGGCUACUAUUGAGACCUCCCGCUUUUACACGUCUGACCCGAGCCAGGCGUGCGUAUUCGUGCUGAGUUUGGACACGUUAGACCGGGACCAGCUCUCCCCGCAUUAUGUGCACAACCUGCGCGCCAAGGUGCAGGGCCUGCCGCUGUGGAACGACGGCAGAAACCAUCUGAUCUUCAACUUGUACUCGGGCACCUGGCCAGACUACACGGAGGACCUGGGAUUUGACAUCGGACAGGCCAUGUUAGCCAAGGCCAGUAUCAGCACAGAGACCUUUCGGCCACACUUUGACGUGUCCAUCCCACUUUUCCCCAAGGAGCAUCCAAAAACUGGUGGUGAGAGGGGAUACCUCAAGUACAACACUAUUCCACCCUUUAGGAAGUACAUGCUUGUGUUCAAGGGCAAGCGCUAUCUCACUGGUAUUGGCUCGGACACAAGGAACGCUUUGUAUCAUGUUCAUAAUGCUGAAGAUGUGGUUCUGUUGACCACCUGCAAACACGGGAAAGACUGGCAGAAGCACAAGGAUGCACGCUGUGAUCGGGACAACGCAGAGUACGACAAAUAUGACUACCGUGAAAUGCUUCACAACUCCACCUUCUGUCUGGUGCCGCGAGGACGGCGAUUGGGCUCCUUUCGCUUCCUGGAAGCUUUGCAGGCAGCCUGUGUGCCAGUCAUGCUAAGUAAUGGUUGGGAGCUUCCCUUCUCCGAGGUCAUCAACUGGAACCUGGGCGCUGUGAUCGGAGACGAAAGGCUCCUGCUGCAGAUCCCCUCCACAGUGCGCUCCAUCCAUCAGGAUAAGAUCUUGGCUCUGAGGCAGCAGACUCAGUUCCUGUGGGAGGCCUACUUCUCAUCAGUGGAGAAGAUUGUACUUACCACCCUAGAAAUCAUUCAGGACCGGGUUCUACAGCAUACAGCACGCAGUAGUGUGAUGUGGAACACUCAUCCCGGAGGUCUCUUCACUCUGCCUCACUACUCCUCCUAUCUAGGGGACUUCCCGUUCUUCUACGCCGGCCUUGGGAUCAAAACAUUCCCCAGGUUCACUGCGGUCAUCCAUGCCGUCACCCCGCUGGUGUCUCAGUCUCAGCCCAUACUCAAGCUCCUGACAGCCGUUGCCAAGUCUCAGUACUGCGCUCAGAUUAUUGUAUUGUGGAAUUGUGACAAGCCCUUACCUGCCAAACACCGAUGGCCUGCCACCUCUGUGCCCGUCAUAGUCAUUGAAGGAGAGAACAAGGUGAUGAGCAGUCGCUUUCUGCCUUAUGAGAGCAUCCUUACUGAUGCUGUGCUGAGUCUGGAUGAGGACACGGUGCUCUCGACAACAGAGGUGGAUUUUGCCUUCACGGUUUGGCAAAGUUUCCCUGAGAGGAUUGUGGGAUACCCUGCACGCAGUCAUUUCUGGGACAGUAAUAAGGAGCGUUGGGGCUACACUUCCAAAUGGACCAACGAUUACUCCAUGGUUCUGACCGGAGCCGCCAUCUACCACAGAUAUUACCACUACCUAUACACCCACUUCCUGCCCAGCAGCCUAAAGAACAUGGUGGACCAGCUCGCUAACUGUGAGGACAUCCUGAUGAACUUCUUGGUGUCGGCCGUCACAAAGCUGCCACCCAUCAAAGUGACACAGAAGAAGCAGUACAAGGAGACCAUGAUGGGGCAGUCAUCCCGGGCGUCUCGCUGGGCAGAUCCUGACCACUUCGCCCAGCGUCAGACCUGCAUGAACAAAUUUGCCAGCUGGUUUGGCUCGAUGCCUCUGGUCCAUUCACAAAUGAGACUGGAUCCGGUUCUGUUUAAAGACCAGGUCUCCAUCCUCCGCAAGAAAUACAGGGAAAUCGAGCGCCUCUGACCAGACGAGCGCCCCCUACUGAGCGUGCAGCAGGGGGCAGCGGGAUACUCCGUGGAAAGCAGGAGGACACAGGCACAAGCAGUCUAAGACGGUCACUCCUCCAUUUUUUUCCACUGUUAGUGAACUGUUAGUGACUAGUCUGGCAGAUUGUGAGCACUCUCUGGGCUCUUUCAUACAUACACACCCAGAGUCCACUUUUGACCACAAGACUCUAAAAAAAUGUUUUAUUUUUGUUUUAUUAUUAUUAUUAUUUUUUUUGCCGUAACGGACAGACGAUCCUUGCCAGCACAUGAGAGGAUAUGGGAGAAGACAGGAGGGAUGCAUCAGUGUGUCUUCACACCUUCACAUCUACAUAAAGAUACAUCAGGAUCUGAACCACAACUCAUCCUCAGCUCCCACUUUCAGAACAUUUCUAUAUUCCAUAUUCCGUCUCAUUCUUCACGUCUUGCACUUGAAGUCCUGGAGAAUUGAUUGUUUGUACUCGUACACAUCACAUAUCUUUAUAACAUUUGCUGAUUGUCUUAUUCCAGUCUUUUGUUCAUUUCAGUACUAUAAAUAAGCAGUAUACAUGUUUUACAGGAAGAAAUCACACGAUCUGAAUUCACUCUUUUAUAGUAACCAAGAGGAAUUGCAAGUGCAAGCAUUUUUUUUUUUCCUUUAUUUUUCUCAUUGGCAGGGUCUAAAAGGAAUCGUUUCUUUUUGUAUUCCUUUAGUGCCAAAAUUACUAAUUGCCUUUUAGAUGCGACUACAGACUUCUACACGUUGAAUUUCUUUCACCACUUCUAAAAUGUAUAUUGUCUCACGACAAGCCGAAUUUUGUGGGCGAAUCGAGGCGUCUCUUUUGAUUAAACACGCCUGCGAAGUACUCGUAAAGCACUCGGUGCUGAUCGGGACAAGAUUCGUUGUCUAUUUCAGGCCAAAUUCCACCGAGCGGUUUCUUUCUUCUUUUUCUGCAGACCUGUAGAAGAAUGAGCGGCAUGCUGGAGACAUGGCACAGCCUCAUCGUUCAGCAUUUAUCGUCUUCAGCGUGAUGUGCAAAACUUCAUCCGUUUACUUGCUAAUCUCCACACACCAUCUGGACACACACGUGUUUAUUAAUUUAUUUUUUUUUUAAUUUAAAGUAAAACUUGCAUCCUCUGUCACUGAUUUUCUAUCAUAUGAAUGGUUAGAUGAUGAUGAUGAUGAUGAUGAUGAUGAUGAUGAUCACGAUCACACCUCUGUACUUCUCUGCAGUGCUAUAUCGUUAAGCGUUUCUGUCGGAGUAGAGCUCUUCACCCUUCUCUCUCGUACAGGUUUUUGAAUGUGUGAUGACUUGAAGGAGCAGCAUGCUUUAGUGGCCUUUAUUUUAUUUAAUUUUUUUUAAUUUAUUUUUGUUUUUUGUGAAGGUGACUGGUCUUAAAUUGAGCCAGCAGUGAGCCAAAGCACCCCCCACCCCCCAUUACCACAGCGACCAUUACAACCGUUAAACAACUGAUGCUCUUAUCUUACAGUCCCUUAAACACUACAUGACAUUUUUGUGUUCAACAUUCAAAUUUCUAAUAUUCCCUUAUUAGAGUUUUUCUUAGCCAAGCUUUGUGAAUGCCAGGAUUUUUUUUUAUUGUUCUGUUUUGUAUUUUUUUGUAUUUUAUUUUUCCAGACUAUUUACGUUUACGAUUACAUUUGUAUUUGUAAUUAUCAACGCAAUUCCAGACAGUUUUAGGUAAUUGAGCAGAAAAUUAAAACACCCCAAAGCAAAUGGGAAUCUCUUCUGUAUGUAUUUGUGUCUGCAGUCUAUAAUGUGUCUUAACCAUCUUGACAUGGGAUUUUAGCAGAAUCCAUUAUUCCCGGUGAUGAGGCUAUGAUUUGCAGCACCAUGUGUUAUGAAUGCAGAGUAAAGACAAUUUUCCAGAAGGUUUAGCCUUGUUUAAUUUUCUGUCUAUCUUUUUAACAUGACAGAUGAUGGUAAUUAAAGAGUAAAAGCUAAUUUGGCUGGCAGGAAACACUGGCACACGUUUGGAGAACUGCUCAGUGGAGAAAAGUUCAGUAAACCCUCUUAAUUUCAUACCAUAUCGAACCUUAUCUACGAUUGUGAAUUGUUAUCACCGAUAACAUGACAUUUUCAUUUUCCACUUGGUACGCUGAUGAAACUUGUCGUUUGAUGAACGCAGCCUUGCUGUACAUAACCUGUAUUUAUUUUCUUGCGUACGUAUAGUAUUCAGACGCUCGCACCGACUGGUCAGGACCUUCUGACGUUUGUAUAGCAUCCAACAAAAAAAAAAAAAAAAAAAGAGUGUUUUGUCUACGGUGUCCUGCAAAAUCACACGACGAUUGUGACUUCAUACAGUGUUAACGAUUUGUUCGGACACUUUUUUUUUUUCUUCCAAUGUUGACUGGCACCUUUAUUUUUAUUUGUAUUUUUUCAAGGCUCAUGCUGCUGCCGCUGCUGCUGUGUAAUCUGCCACCAAAGACUUGUGCUAACCAGCAGCCAUUAGGAAAUUGAUUUUCUCCAGCUAAUCUUUUUUUUGUUGUUGUUUUUUUAACUUUUACUUCCUUUGUUUUGUACCAUGUUUGGCUCAAAGAAUUCUGUUCCUGAGAUCCUUCCUUUAUAAAGCUAGAACUAGCGUCAUAUAUGAACGAAUUCUUUUUUUAAAAGCUCCUGCAUAACUUUGAUUAGCAAUAAGUAAAACAGCACUUAGAAUCGUGAGCAGGCUUGAGCGGUGACCUUUGCCUGAUUGUGCCUUUUUGAUUUAAUUUGGGCUCUGAAUUAAUGACCGUUCAACAUUAAUAAAGAAGGGAAAAGUGUGUUAAAACGUAACCCCGCCACAUUAAGCAGCUUCGUGUUCUCUUUUACAGGAGUCUCUCGGAGAGCUCUCGCUUGUUCGGUUUAGCAUCUGCAGCCUUGCAUGACCACUUCAGGCUAUUUACUUACAUCAGCAUCUGAGAACUUUUUUAAAAACGAACAAAAAAUCAUUAUGACUGCAUCCUCCUGUCCACCCUCCUUUCUCCUGUAAUUAACAGAAGUUUUUUUUUUAUAGAGAUAAUAAAGAAAAUAGAAUAAUGCCAAUUUUGUAUGAAUGAUUUAUAAGAAAAUGAAUAAAAGUCAUAUUUGAUGGUA